AGCGCCCCCCUGCAUUCACCUUCCAACAUCUACUAUACCUGGAUACACCACAAAAUGGAUAAUCGUGCCAUCCGCCUCCCACCCACAGCCCGUCGCAAUCUCUUCGCCACCGCCCAACAGCAACAACAACAAACCUCCCGUCGCCAAAAUGGAACCGCGCCCUCUAUCCGUCCUGACAGCCGGGAAGUUGAGCCGGAUAUCUUCCAGCAACCCGCCGAAGAUGAACUUGUUGAGCGCGAUGACCAGGGCGAGUACGUGAUCCAUGCGCCGGACCCGGUCUACGGGAACAACAAGGAUGCUGAACCCGAGGAUAACGAUGAGGCCGAGCAAGAGAAUGAGCUCAUAGAGAUGUAUGUAAAUGGCAAGCCAGAUGCUCACUGGGAUACGGAUGCAGUCGAAGAGGAAGUCAGGGCUGCCCUGAAGAACAGCCUACGGAAAAAGGUGGCUAGUUUAGAAGAUGACAAGUGGAUGUUUGAGGCCGAGACUGAGGUGAAGAAGUAAGUUAGCAUUCGUGGUUAUUGGGAAUGAUGGGGGCGCUUAGCAUUGUGAUACCCUUCGUAUGCCAUUGUAGGCACAUGUAAUUCUCGAUGAUCACAACCUGAUACGUGUGAACAGGUGUGGUUGUGAGUUUUAAGCUCGAACAGCACAUCCUUGCGAUUCCAGAUACUAAUGAGAAUAGUAUGGUGUACAUAGCUGUCAACAAACAUCAGUC